AUUUGACUCCCAAAGCCAAGGAUACGUUUCGAUUCCUUUUCCUUGCUCACAAAUUGGCUUCCCCCUGUCAUAAACCUGAUCCCAACGUAACCAUCUCUCUUCGAACCUUACGUUGCUUCAUUAAUCUGCAACCAACGAACAGACCAAGAAAAUGGAUAUGAUGAAUGUGUUGUGCCGCGUCGCUGGGUUGAGCUCCCAAGGUGCCCAUUUCCUCAGCAAGAGCGAAUUUGAUGAAGCCUAUGAGUACUUUACAAAGGCAUUGGACAUGCUUGUACGGGCCGAAAACAACUGGUUAGUACCCUCUUUGAGAAGUUCAUCCUUGAUGGAUCCCAUGCAGAUGAACGAAUGUUUAAAGAAGCUGCCACAGCACAGACCGGGUUCCCGAGAGGUCAAAGCAAGAAACUUUCAGAACAGCGCCUUUUUUGUGUAUGAUGAACCGUUACUGUUUGUUCCAGAUUCCGAGAUUACGAUCAAGUCACUUGCAUUCUACAAGGCAGUCCUCUUGUUCAAUGUGGCAUUAGUACUCCACAAGAAAUCCAACUGCGUGGAUGCCUGGUCCGUCUACCGAGCCCUUCACUUCUAUGAACUGUGUCUGGAAUGCUGCAAGGAGUGCAACGAUCAUCCAAGUUGCUUGGAGAUCUCCGCAGCGGCACUGAACAACAAGGCACACAUAUACUUUGAGCAUUGCGAGUUCUCCACAGCAAGGAUGGUACUGGACACUCUGCUGGUGACCAUGAUCUUUACACAUGGUCGUCCUCUGGAGUUUGAAGAGAAGAAUACGCAAGGUAUCCUCUUUAACCUUUACAUGCUACGAAUGCCAACAACAGCGCAGACGGCUUGAACGAACGAAGCAAUGAUGCAACCCAAUGAACAUACUUAGACUACUGUGAAAACCAAAUCAAUCAAGCCUUCUCUCCUCCAAGCAAUUUCCAAGUGCAACUGGUUGCUUCUAACUAGUUGCACCCCCUGAUGAAGCUUCGAUUCAGCCAGCCAACGGCGCCGCAAGCAGGAACAUCCGGGGCUUGGAGCCUUUCUUCUUGUGUCUGCUGCUUGCUGCCAGUGGACCAAUCAGCUGCUUGACACUAAUACUUUACACUGCUACAUACUCAUCUUCCAGCUCCCUACAUCAUAAUCUUUUACUAGUUUUGACUGCAUAUCCUUC